GUGCGGGCGUGCGUGCGUGCGGGCGGGCGCUUUGGAAGUGUGUGACAGUCUUGUGCGCUGACGUUUUCAGAAAGCCGAGGCCCAGCUGGCAUACGAGCUGCAGGCAGCCAAGGAACAGCAGAAGAUCCGCCUGGAGGAGAUCGAGAUCCAAGUGGUGCAGAGGAAGAAGGAGAUCACAAUCGGGGAGAGGGAGAUCGUUCGGACGGACAUGGAGCUCAUCGCCACGGUCAAGAGGCCCGCCGAGGCAGAGGCCUACAAAAUGCAGCAGCUGGCUGAGGGGCACAAGAUAAGGACGGUGCUGAUCGCCCAGGCUCAGGCGGAGAAGAUCAGGAGGAUCGGAGAGGCGGAGGCGUCCUCCAUCGAAGCGGUGGGCAAGGCGGAGGCUGAGAAGAUGAGACUGAAGGCCGAGGCCUACCAGCUGUACGGAGAGGCAGCCAAGACGGCUCUGGUCCUCGAGGCCCUGCCCAUGAUUGCUUCCAAGGUGGCGGCGCCGUUAGCCAGGACCAGUGAGAUCGUCAUCCUGAGUGGGGACAGCAACCGCGUGACGGGCGAGCUCAACCGCCUGUUGGCUGAACUUCCUGCGUCUGUCAAUGCUCUGACUGGAGUGGAUCUGUCAAAGGUACGCCUGCUCCAUCACAUGGGUUUGUAACAACGUGAGUGUAUUUGUUCUAUUACUAAACUAUCAAAUAUAUAAGGAGUUAAGGGUAUUGAUCUGAUGAUGUGGUUUUGUUGGUGGAGGGUUAGGACGACGCUUUGUAGGACGACACUGGAAGACUUGAAUUAGAUGCUGUUUG